AUGUACGAACGGGCUAAGCGGCUGUUCCGACGUCUCAAGUUCCUAACUGCUGAGUCAGACAGCACGGUCUCUUCGUCAGCACAAUUCCUGGAGAAACUCAAAGGGGUAAGCAUCCAUCCAAAUGGGGUCACGGUAUCUUUUGAUCUUACAUCCCUUUUUACUUCUAUUCCCCAGGACCUAGCGAUCGAGACAAUUGAACUGCUACUACAAAGCAAAUACAAUGAAACGGAGAACCGUCUUGGACACGCCCAAAUCCUUCAGCUCCUGAAGCUCUGUCUCAGGACGUACUUCACUUUCGACGGGACAAUCUACGAACAGGUGAAGGGCACACCAAUUGGUUAG